AUGGCCAAUCUCUGGUUGCUGUUAUUGAGACACCCUUUGCGAGCGAUUUUGUUCUCGCAUUCCUUCCUGUCCCAAAUUCUACUCACACUACUCCAGCGGCUUCUGCUGCCACAUUUCCCAUCUCAUCAGUCUCUCCGGCUACAGAUUCAGCGCGCAUAUCUCUCAUCCGCCUCUUUGACAUUUCCAGACUUGACGCAUAGGUUACCAGUAGGUAAUGUGCCCGCUAGGCGAGCUCGAAAACUGGAGAACAUCCCAGCAUACCUGGUCCCAGGCUCUAGAGAGUUGUCAGAUUUCGCAGGUCCGAAGCAUGAGACUCGACGAUGUGUCGCAUUGUUUGCGCAUGGUGGAGGGUAUGCACGGGGUGAGGCGAGAAUGUAUUUGAAUUACAUGGAGAGAUGGAUUCGGGUCGCCGCACAGGCUAGUCUAGACCUCGCCUUCCUGACUGUGGAAUAUCCACUUUCCACUGAAAAGAGCCAUCCAGCGCAGCUGAAUGCGUUCACCCAGAGCCAUCGAUUUCUGCUUGAUAGUGGUAUCGAACCAGGAAACAUUAUUUUCAUGGGCGACUCAGCUGGUGGAGGGCUAUGUAUCCUCUCAGGGAUUCACCUCCACAGCCUUCAUCUACCACAGCCAGCAGCAACAGUCCUGAUAUCGCCAUGGCUAGACAUGGCUCUCAGCGCUUACGAGGGAGGCAACCCAGCUGUUGAGACCGACUACUUCAUGUUCGCCAACGAAGCUGUCCCAGGGCUUGUGUCACUCUUCAUUGGAAGUUAUGCCCGAGAUUCUCCGGAAGUCAAUCCCUUGCAUCGCGAGUCAGGCGAUAUCAACGGCCUCAGUCCACAACUGAUUUUCACUGGCGGUGCCGAAUUUGCACGCCGUGAUUCAGAAAUGUGGGCAGAGAAAUGUGGUCAAGCGGACGUCGAGCAUAAAUUGAUUAUUGAAUGGGGACAGCUACAUAUCUACGCCGUGGGUUCCAAAUUCACGGCACCAGCUAUUCGAGCCAAGACUGAUGAUUUGAUCAUCGGCUGGAUGAAGCAACAUGUCAAGUAG